CAACUCGACAUCAUUUCAAUGGCCGAAACCACCAUGAUGCCGGAGGAGAUAGAGAUGGAAAUGGCAAAGAUUCAAAGACUUCGGGAAGUCUUGGUCAGAAGAGAAUCGGAGCUGAGAUUUAUGAUGGACGACAUCCAGUUGUGCAAAGACAUCAUGACUCUUAAGAAAGAGCUGCAGAAUUUAGUCGCCAUCUCAGAGAAAGACAACACAAAGUUGCAGGAUCAAAGGGAGGACGAGUUGAUCCAGAAGAUCCACAAAUUAGUGCAGAAAAGGGACUUUCUUGUUGAUGAUGCAGAAGUGGAGCGAUUAAGAGAGAAGGAAGAAGACAAGGAGAUAGCUGAUUUCCUACGGCUUAAGUUGAAACCUUUGGACAAUGUUGUACAGUCUCCAACCAGGGUACCUACAGAGAAGAAAGCUGAGCCUCCACCACCACCACCACCCCUUCCUCCCAACAAGCCCACCAUUGCCAAAACCAGCGCCGCUCUCAUCAAGGAUUGCUGUGGGAUGACCCAAUGCGCCAUCAUGUAGCUCCAGCAUUUCUCUCGGGCCACGCCUUCUGCUCGACCCACUUCCCCGUUGGCUGAAAAACAACAACAACUGGUGGGCGAAGGAAUCAGGACAUCAAGCACCCAGAUAUUCUUGAUCAUUGAAUCUCCCGUUGUAUUUCUUACAGUAACUUGUGUGCUAUUCUUGGUGACUCCUUGGUGUUGCAUGGACCUCUGCCAGCAUGCCCUAGGUUAAGAUGAGGAGUAGGCAUUAACUAUAACCAGAACACGGAGAAGAACUGUGAGGUGUAGGCAUAGAUGGGGGUGGGGGAUGGCUUAUGGUUUGCGGGUAACAUCAGGGGCCGUCUGUUAUGUCUAGAACUGCGUCCCCCCAGGAUGGUAAGUCAUCUCCAUCAAAGGUAGGAAGACCAGCCAAGGUGAACUCUGUGCUUAGCAUGCUGUGUCGAAUGUAUCUGAUCCGGCGUGGUGAACCAUAGUCUGAAUCCAGCCGAUAGGUAAAUUCCGCGUAGGAGUAGGAUCAAUUCUUAGUCUAACGCCAGCUCCGAAGUAGAAAUAACACAUAGCCCUUUUAAUGGUCUGCCGAGCACCGGAUACGCCUCACACCUUCCUCCUUUUUAACAGGCGGUAUUGGAUCGGUGGGCGAACGGAGGCAAAACACCUUCCGUGUGGCUGGGUUGGGUCCUUUUUGCAAUGACAUGUGUGUUAAUA